CGGAAGGACUGAAAAUCCGCAUAAUCCCCCAAACUCGGGUUGAAGGACAAAACGUGGAAAACACGAAAGGGGAGAACUUCAAGAUGCGAAUCUAUUAUGUCCUAAUGGAAAUCCAAAUGAUGGACGAGACAAAUGACAUCAUUGCAGGGCAAAACAGAAGUUGGUUCCCCUUACUGACUCUGUCGUCUCCAUUGAAUCCAGAGUUACAAGAAGUUGGCCAGUAUGUUGUGGCUUCAAGCGAUUCUGGCCACAACAUCAGCAGUUUGGUUAGCAGCGAAAGCCGGCAGGAAGACGAAGUUCCCAAUGAUGAUGUGGAGCUGCUGAUCGUCCAAGCUUGGAGGACGGACACGGAGGGGGAGCUGCUGGGGAUACUCUUCGAGCAGGUGCGCGAUGGACAUCUCGAGCCAAUUACAAGCGAAGUUCUGGUGUUUCUGGCCCAACCCGUGGACGAUCUACCUCUGGAUAUCCUUUCGCGCUGUGAGGAACGAUCCACGCCCGCGGCGCUCCCUCGAACGUUUACCCCACAACUAUUGUGGUCCACGUGCACGGAACUCGACGACGAUAACAUCUACCUCCCUUCGUCGGGCGACUAUUUGGUCAUCGAUGUGACCAGUAUCACUUUGUGGGAUCUGACCAUCCGAAGAGUGGAGGUGGGAAAGGGAGAAGAGGAAGAAGAAGAAGCAGAGGAGGAAGAGAGGGAAGACACGAAUGAAGAAGAAGAGGACUCGGAGGCCGGAUCGGACGACCCGGACUAUCGGGAAUCGGUGGAAACCGGGUCGGAAGGAAGUGGGUUGGACGAAUCAGGCGGUUCCGGUGGACAGAGUGAGGAGGAAGACGAAGCCGCGGCUCAGAGGCGACAGGAGAAGGCAUAACGGAAGCGCCCAGUACAAGAGUCAUAGGAGCCAGGCGCGAGGCUGUUGCAAGACGAUCCAGCAUGCAAUCCG